AUGGAUCGCGCCAAGAGCGGCAAGGGGCAGAAGGUCGAAACCGCGCUGCUGCGCACCGCCAUCAACAUCACCAACAGCCACCUGAUCGAGCAGGCCAUGCUCAAUCUCAACCGCGUGGCCACGCUCAACCGCGGCUUCACCGCCGGCCCCUCCGACACCUUCAAGUGCAAGGACGGCUGGAUCUACGCCAUGACCAUCGGCCAGCCGCUGUUCGUGCGCUGGUGCAAGCUGAUGGGCGACGACACGCUGGCGGCCGAUCCUCGCUUCAAGGACGACCUCGCGCGCGGCGACAACGGCGAGGCCCUGUCGGCCAUCAUGCAGAAGUGGUGCGACACCCGCACCGUCGCCGAGGCGCUGGCCGCGCUGGAGGCCAACCGCAUCCCCGCCGGCCCGGUCUACACGCCGCAGCAGGCGCUGGACGACAAGCACGUCCAGGAGGCGAAGUUCUUCCACUCGAUGGAGUAUCCGGGUGCCAAGAUACCGGUGCCGGUGCUGCAGGAGCCGGUGAAGCUCUCCCGCACGCCCCUCACCAUCCGCCGCCGGGCGCCCCAGCUCGGCGAGCACACGGAACAGAUAUUGCAGGAACUGGGCUACGAUGCGGCCGUUAUCGCCCAGCUCAAGGCCGAUCGGGUUGUCUGA